CCUCACGACCGACACUGGAAAUGAGAUUUUAUUUUAUCGAUGUUUUGACUUGGACAUGAGGUUACAUGCUAGUUCUAAUAUUUUCAAGUUCAUGAUUCGAUAAGAAGGUACCUACCCACUCAUCAUGCCCCACGCCGACACAACGCUCUUCCCCACCUCCAUUACAAAAUCCUCCGCCUACACGCAAGUCCUCACGUCCCUGGAAUCACUCUUCGACUCCCAACGCAACUGGGUCGCCAACACGGCCAACACCGCUUCUCUCUUGUGGCACCUCUAUCAUUCUCUUCCCUCACCAUCGAAUUCCGUCAAUUGGUCUGGAUUCUACGUGAUUGACCAUCACCCUGAUGUUGUACCUGCACGUUCGCAAUUGAUUCUCGGUCCUUUUAUGGGCAAAGUUGCGUGUCAGACCAUCAAGGUGGGGAGAGGUGUAUGUGGUGCGGCGGCGGAAGGGAAUGGGAGGACGGUUGUUGUAAAGGAUGUACAUGAGUUUCCUGGGCAUAUUGCCUGUGAUGGGGAUAGUAGGAGUGAAAUUGUGGUGCCGAUCAGGGAUGGAGAUGGGAAGGUCGUCGGUGUCAUCGAUAUUGAUUGUACAGAGGUAAAUGGAUUUGAUGAGGAAGAUCAAAAAGGGUUGGAAGCCAUAGCGGAUUUAUUGGGUAAAUCUAGUGAUUGGUGAUCUCAGCCUUGAUCAGUGAUUUAAUGGCCAUCAUCCCAUUUUCUGGCAUGACUUGCUUCUCUUCUGGUGCUUCCAUCCAUCGCUAACGUAUUCGUCUUUGUGGGUAUCAAGCUUGUCAUACACUCUCACAAUUCUCAUCU